AUGGAAGAUGAGAUUGCAAAGGCCCAAGCAAACUUCGAAGCUGGCCCAACGCCACGACAUCGGGCCGAGAUUAACAAGAACAUUGCCGAAUACAUCCUAUUACUCAAAAUGGAGGAAGAUUUCUGGCGACAAAAGGCGGCCUUGAGGUGGCUUGCGGAGGGAGAUAGAAACUCCAGAUUCUACCAAAGUUGGGUGAAACAGAAAAGGGUCAAGUUGAGAAUCCACUCCAUCUACGCAAAUGGCCAAGAGAUCACAGAUGAAGAUGAGAUUCGAAAGUCGGCAGUGGAGUUAUUCCAGGGUCUCCUGGCUCCGGACAACCCGGUCCCGGAUCUGGAUGAGGUGAAGAGAGCACUUUUUGAGAUAUCCGGGGAUAGCGCACCCGGGCCGGACGGAUUUUCAGCCACGUUCUAUCAAGCGUGUUGGCCGAUAGUUGGUCGGGAUGUUGUGGAAGCGAUUGCACAGUUUUUCAAUGGGGCUUACCUUCCCCGAAGCGUCACGGCCACAAACAUCGUGCUCAUCCCAAAGAAGGCUUCACCCGAGACAUGGGCUGACUAUCGCCCUAUUAGCCUCUGUAAUGUCUUUAAUAAGAUCAUCACCAAAGUACUAACGGCUAGACUCGCACCUUAUUUGCCACAGGUCAUUUCCCCCAACCAAUCUGGGUUUGUGAAGGGACGGCUAUUGAACGACAACGUCCUCCUCGCCCAAGAGAUGUUCCAUGAGAUUGCUAGGUGCUCCCCGGCCCCGAACGUGGCGAUUAAGAUUGAUAUGGCCAAGGCGUAUGACAUGAUCCAGUGGGACUUUCUUAUCAAAGUUCUCUGUCGCAUGGGCUUCCCGGAGGCCUGGAUUAGCCUUAUUGAGAGGUGCGUUGGUUCCUGCUGGUUCUCAGUUCUUAUGUGCUGGGACGAAAUGUGCUGCCCCACCAACGAAGGAGGGCUUGGAAUUCGUAAGUUCAAGGACGUGCUGCGAGCCUUCAACAUUAAAUUGUGGUGGCGAUUCCGAGAGCAGACCUCUCUAUGGGCACGCUACAUGAUGUGUAAGUACUGUUCAACAUCCUCACCUCUCACCACGAAAACAUCGGGAAGGAGUAGCCCAACGUGGAAGAGGUUGACCAGAGCCUGGGCCCAGGCACACCCGCACAUUCGAUGGAUUGUUGGGGCUGGAAGGAUCUAUUUCUGGGAUGAUAUUUGGUUGGGCAAUGAGCCACUUAGGGGGCUAUGCAUUGACGAUAGGGGCAGCCCUAGUACGCCCGUCGCGGAGUUUAUCAAGGGAGGUGCUUGGGAUGAACCUAAAUUGCAGCUACUACAUGACCAGGCUGGCCUCCCACAAAAGAUUGUGACUGAUAUCCUCAACACCCCGAUUCUCUCCGGGGAGCCGGAUAUUCCGAGAUGGACGCUAUCCCGACGUGGUGAGUUUUCACUAGCCUCGACCUGGGAAGCACUCCGGGUGCCAAGGCCCAUCAUUCAAAGACUUGAAGAUAUUUGGAAGGCAGGCCUCACUACAACCAUUCCCAUCUUUAUUUGGAGGCUCCUGUCUAACCGUAUUCCAGUCGACUCGAAGCUCCAAUGGCGGAAGAUCGAGCUGGCGUCCAAGUGUCAAUGCUGCCCUCACAGACCACACACUGAGUCCCUACAACACCUCUUCAUCCAAGGAGUGGGCGCGUCAAAGGUGUGGAGGGAAUUUGAUGGGUGGUUCGAAGGCUCCUCCCCACCUCUUCGGAUCAACGAUACCAUCCCAACUAGGCUCGAAGUAUGGGGGACAAGAUUACAGCAACCAGGUAGGAAACACCUUAGCCGUCUCAUGCCUUACCUUAAUCCUUUGGUUUAUCUGGGCAGAAAGGAAUAG